AUGUUUACUCUGUAAAAGAGUAAAAGAUAAACAUGAGAUGGAAGAUAAGAGAUCCUAUUUCAAGGUUCGAAGGUUGGCAGUAAGUUUAUAGGCCAGUGUUAUACAAUAUACAAGUCUAUUUAGAGGUUCCAUUUUAAUGAAUCUCCGUUUCACAGCUAAACGAGAUAUUCAGAAACAUGGACCAGCAAGAGUAUAAACUGCUUAGCGAUAAAUUAUUUAUCUACAAAGGCAUGGUGUUGCCUAUAGAUGAUCAGCAUUACCAGAGCCCAGAGUACUUUGACAGUUUGCUGGACUUCACGAUCAGGGAUGAUGAUGUCUUUGUGGUCACUUUCCCUAAAUCCGGUACUGUAUGGACGCAGCGUAUCAUGACGCUCCUGUAUGAGGAGGACUUCCCUGAGUUAAAGAACGAGAUGACGUAUGAGCAGAUGCCGUGGCUGGAGUUUCUGGAGAUAGGAAAAGACUUCAACAUCCGUCCGUCACCCAGACUCUUCUGCUCCCACCUACAUCAGCACCUAGUGCCCCUCGGCCUGCAGGGGAAAGGCAAGAUCAUCUAUAUCUACAGGAACCCCAAAGACAUCAUGACUUCCUAUUUCCACUUCUCCCAGUUCAUGAAGAUAGUGGAGUGUCUGGAGUCGACCAAUGACAUGAUGGAGAAAUUCUUCACUGGAAGGAUGUUGGGCGGCUCCUGGUUUGACCACAUCAAAGGAUGGUACACCAACAAGGACAAAUACAACAUUCUGUUUCUCAGCUACGAGGAGAUGAUCAAGGACCUGCGGGCUGCGGUGGUGCGGAUUUGCAACUUUGUGGGGAAGAAUCUGUCGGAUGCAGCCAUCGACAGCGUGGUGGAGAAAGCCAGCUUUAACUACAUGAAGAAAGACACCGUAGCCAAUUACGAGUCCCUGCCUGAAGAUGUCAAGGCCCCCGGCAAGGGACAAUUCCUCCGAAAAGGUACGGUGGGAGACUGGAAGAACGCACUAACGGUGGCACAGAACGAACACUUCGACCGUCUUUUCCAGGAAAAAAUGAAAGACAACUUGCUGAAGUUUGUGUGGGACAUCACUGAGCUUAAGGGCUGAAAUAUCAUCACUUUUAAUAACUAGAACACAUCCAAAACAACAUUAUUAUACUGUCAGUGUACUGAAGUCUUUUUGUGCUAGCUAUCAACCCCCUAGCAACCUUACAGAACACCAGAUCGUUCUCCUGGAACAGCACAGAUAACGCCUUUAAUUUCAGCUGCCUAUAGCUACCUUAAUCCUUUGAUAUGCAACAUAUGCAAACCCCCCUCUAAUGCGCAACAUGGGUCAAAAAUGACCCACAUUAAUAAAAUUGACCACCCAUGUGUGCAAAGGCGUAGAAGGGUAGUGACACAAAAUGGGCUUUUAUUCAAAAAGUAAGAAAGGAUAAAAUUAAAUUUAAAAAAAUUAUGAUUAAAAACAUGUGAAUUGAGGAAUACCCUAAAUUCUGAAUGACUGAAUUUUUUUAUUGUUAAGAUAUAUCUUAAAAACCCUUAGACAUACAUGAAUUAUGUAGAAAAUGAAUGCAGAUCAUUUUUGACUGAUGUGUGUAUUAGAGGGGUAGUGAUACAAAUAGGGCUUUUAUUCAAAAACUAAUAAAGAAAAAAAAAAUAAAGAUGUAUGAUGAUCAAAAACAAGUUAAUUCAGGAAUAUAUUGUAUACUGAAUGAAUAAAUGUAUUUAUUGCAAAGAUAUAGAAAAUUAAAACUCAUCUAGACCACUUCUUAACAGAUGAUAAUCAGCACUGCCUGAAUAAAAACAUUACCUUAAAACAAUGUAGAUCUCUGACAUCUGAAUUGAUUUAUUAGUGCACACUAAUUUUAAGUUGAUUUGAAAUUGAUUCAAAGUUAUGGUUUUAUAUGUGUAUUAUUUGCAUUAAACUUUACUUACAUAAAAAA